UCUGCAGCCCAUUCUCCGUUACUCCCUCAGCCGACCUGGAUCUUGCUCUCCCUGCAGCAGGCUGUGAGAUGUUCUUCAGAGCUGUCUGGAGCUUGGUGCUGAGAAAGCGAGGACUUGGAAUGCGAGGGAUCCACAGCCCAGGAGACGCUGCCCACAGCAAGGGGAAGAUAACCCCCUACACCAACUACCAUGCUCAGCGCACCUACCCCAUGCCAGAUGAGCCCUUCUGCACAGAGCUCAACGCCGAGCAGCAGGCCCUGAAGGAGAAGGAGAAGGGCAGCUGGACCCAGCUGAGCCAUGCCGAGAAGGUGGCCUUGUACCGGCUCCAGUUCCACGAGACCUUUGCAGAGAUGAACCGUCGCUCCAACGAGUGGAAGACAGUGAUGGGCUGUGUCUUCUUCUUCUGUGGAUUCACAGCUCUGCUGAUUUGGUGGCAGCGGGUCUAUGUGUUCCCGGAGAAGCCCAUCACCUUGACGGAUGAGCGGAAGGCCCAGCAGCUGCAGCGCAUCCUGGAUAUGAAGGGCAACCCCGUGCAAGGCCUGGCCUCCCAGUGGGACUAUGAGAAGAAGGAGUGGAAGAAGUGACUCCCACACCCCAGCUGCUCCCCUGACAGCUCCCUCCUGGCCUAAACCUCUGGAGCACCCCUCCCCUCUCCGUCACCCCAAUAAAGCUGCCUGUUCUCUUCUGCC